GAAUAAGUUCACAGGCGUGUGUUGUAGAAAUACGCACGUGUAAAUAGAUCUUUAAAGUCGUUAGUGUCUUUUAUUUUCCCCGUAUUUGUCACGUAUGUUUCAGAUUGGACAGUUAUCAGCUGUUGCGCAAAUCAGGCGACAACAAGUAAAGUAAAAGAAGUAAAGAAAGCAAAUUAUCCGGUUAUCUCCGCCUGCAGCAGGAGCCAGCAUGGCAGCAGUUGUGGGACUCAUCGCUGGCAGCUACGAGCAGAUCACCUUUGGUUACCAAGUAAAAACCGAUGAAAAAGAGUGGACAGCCAAAGCUGACUUCACACAUCAUGCUCACACAGCUUCGGUAUCAGCGGUGGCAGCCAGUGAGAGAUUUGUUGUCACGGGAAGCAAAGAUGAGACGAUUCAGUUGUACGAUAUGAAGAAACGGACAGAACACGGUGCUUUGCUGCAUCAUGAUGGCAGCAUCACCUGCCUGGAGUUUUACGGGACGUCUCAUUUACUGAGCGGAGGAGAGGAUGGACUCUUGUGUGUGUGGAGCACAAAGAAGUGGGAGUGUCUGAAAUCCAUUAAAGCCCACAAGGGUCAUGUCACAUCGCUGUCCGUCCAUCCUUCUGGGAAACUUGCAAUGUCAGUUGGAACAGAUAAGACUCUGAGAACCUGGAACCUGAUUAACGGAAGGUCAGCUUUUAUCAAAAACAUCAAACAGAAUGCCCACAUCGUCAGAUGGUCUCUUGACGGGGAUAGAUACGUCGUUGUGUUGAAUGACAAAAUUGACAUCUACGACCUGGAGACGGCGUCUGUGACGGGAACGGUCAUGAACCCAAAGAGGAUCUCUUCCAUUAAGUUCCUAAAUAACUCCAUCUUGGCCGUCGCAGGAGACGAUGAAUCUGUGAGGAUGUGUGACAUUGGAAAAGCAAAGUGGGUGUGUGAGUUCAAGGCUCAUGAAACCAGAGUCAAAGCAGUUGAUAGUUUGAUGAUGGAAGAUUAUUGUCUGGUGGUGACUGCUUCAAACGAUGGCUUCAUCAAAAUGUGGAAGCUCCAUCUCAAAGAGGAGCUGGAGCCUCCCACCCUCUUAGGAGAAGUGAACACGACGGCCAGACUAACGUGCCUUUCUGUGUGGAAACCGUCAGCACAGCAGGUCCAUGAGGAAUCAACAUCUGCAGCAACAACAUCUGAAGAGCUCGCUCGGGAACUUGCAAAGACGAAGAGGGUCCGAAUAACAGUAGAAGAAGUAAUUCUGGAAGACGAAAGCAAACCCAAAAAGAAGAAAAAGGACAGUGGAAAAUAGUGGCGAACAAUUCAAAUAUUUUAUUUCCCGCAGACUCUUUUAUCUCACCCUACCCUGCUUUGUACUGUAUAUUUACUGUUCCUCCUUUGGUUGUCACACUGACAUCGGUCAAUGCAAAACUCAAAAAUGUGACUUUGAUUUUUCUUUAUAUAACAUCUGGAGUUAUAAAAAAAAAAAAAUGCAUAUUUGUAUACAAACAUUGCUUUGGUGCACAAAAAGGAGAUAAAGCAGCAUAGCUGCUUGUAAUGCUUUGAAAAAUUCGUCUGUUGUCUUUGUGGAAAAGGUUAUUGAAAAUAUAAAGAAUGUUCGGUGACUAUCGGUGCGUCCGAAAUGCCAUACUAAAGAGUAUACUUAAGUUCGGCACACUUUUGAGUAAAUAUCAGUAGU